UCCUACACCUUGAACGUGAUCAGCUGGCUCUACAUGCUAAGGGCAUACACACAUUUUGCCAUUGUUUUCAUAAACGUGAUUAGCUAAUAAUAUCUCAUCUAUCUUUCCACUUGUAGAAUUACGACAUCGAACCUAUUGCCGACACCUAGCUAGCUCUAUAAAUAGUACACUUGGUAAUACAUUAUUAUCAAAUUCUCACAAACACAGUAAAAUGCUUUUAUUGAUCCGAUCUUACUGUCAUCCUCCAAAUCCAUGAAUGAUUUCCUCAAGAUCACAUCAACUGUGCAUUUUUCUUUUGAUCGAAACAUUAACCGUUUAUAUAUAGGGGUAUAUCUUCUCCAAAUUCAUCACAAAUAUUCUCUUCAUUAGUAGUUUUAUCAUUGUCUUGCAACACUAGCAAAAAAACAAUACAAGAAAUCUAGCUAGCUAGAUGGCCACAACUAAGAAUAAUCGUGCCUUGAUGAAGAAUAAUAACUGUGCUCUCAUGAAGAUGACGACUACCAGCAACAAAUCCUUGAUGAAAUCAACAACAUUUGGUUCCACAACAGUAGUAGCAGGUGCUUCAACUCCAUCAGUGGCAGUUCCAAAUUCACUUCAUCCUGCAUCAAAUAUUCAAGUAGAAGAGAAAGUCCAUUUCAGUCAUCCACAACACCCGUUAGUUAAGGUUAACCUUCCUUACAUGUUCACUUGCAUGGGUUGCAAAGAAUUUGGUGCGGGGAAAAGAUUUAGUUGCCAAAAAUGUGAUUUUGAUUUGCAUGAGUUUUGUGCAUCGGCUCCUCCUGCAAUUCUGAAACACCCACUCCACAGCCAACAUCAACUUGUUUUCCACACUAAAGCAGCAAGUGGAUUUCUAAGGUCAAGAUGUGACAUAUGUGGCAAGUCGACGAAAGGGUAUGCUUUUCGCUGCAGCACAUGUAAUUUUGAAAUGCAUCCUUGCUGUUCUAAGCUAGACAUCAAAGUGGAUUUUAAGACAUUGCACCCACAUACGUUGAAACUCCUGCCAUCAACGACGCUAAUAAGUACUGAAGCCGGGAUCAUAUGUAAUGAGUGCAAAACCAAACGUCCUGGCCGAGCCUAUGGCUGUGAAGUUUGUGAUAAAUACCACAUACAUGCAGUUUGUGCUAAAAACAUGAUCAACGGACUUAAUGCUAAUGGAUUUGUUGUCACACCUGAAAAACCAACCCUUGUUGGUACCGCUGCUCGAAUUGCGUCAAAUAUGGUUAUGGGGUUCUUAGGAGGAAUAAUCGAAGGACUUGGUGAAGGAGUUGGAGGUGCUCUCGUAGAUAAUUUCACCAAGGGAAAGAACAAUGCUGGUAGAAGAAGAAGAAAGUAAUCGAGUAUGUGCCUCUCAAUAUAUAAUCUGUAGUUGGUAAAUACUAUGACAUAAUGUUUAAUUUGGAUUGCCCAUUUAUGCACUGGUUUCGUUGCGCUUUUAUUGAAUUUUUGUAGAAAGUUCUAUAAAGUUGUAUGUUUAAACGUCCCAAAUGUAUUCUAAGCUUGAUUUGUCUCAAGAAA